CGCGCCUAGUCCGAGCAACAUGCGUCGCUACGGGGCGCUUCUCCUGCUCUUCCUGUGUUCAGUCCAAGCCAACUUAGAAGGACCCUUCCUAUUUUUCGGACCGAAAUCUUUAGACAAAUACAAAAGACCAGCUCUGAAGUACUUGGAUCAAGAUGAGCUGAUGCGAAUAUACGGAGAGCAGGCGGCGAUAGUGGUGUUCAACAACCAGGACUCGGUGCCGCUGUCCAGCGGGUACUUCCCGCGGCUGCGCAAGAUGCUGGAGCGGCAGAGCACGCUGGUGCUGCCGCAGGACUUCCUCGACGUGCACCCCGACUACAUCAGCAACGAGACACAGGUGCUAACAUUACAAGGACCCUGGUCGGAGCGCGAUGCACAAAUGACGGAGACUUUCGCAAGGCUCCAGGAUAUCUACGGAGCUGGACGAGUGCUUGGCAUCCUAGGCAACUCAGUGUCACAAAGUCAGUCAGCUGAUUACAUUGACGGCGAGCCAUGGGCCCGGGUUCGACGCCAGGCGCAGAACGACACGACAUCGUCGACUACUUCACCAGAUGAUGAGAGACCUUCCAAAGUGAUGCAGAAGUUUGCACUCUAUAAUGCUACAGGCCAGCCAGGCAAGAGUGCCCUCUUAUAUUCGUCAGGGUGGCCGGAGUUGCGUCGUACGAACGGCAGCACCAUCAGGCUGAGCACUCCGGUCGGACAGCCGACCAUCAAGCCGACCCGGCUGUACACCAUCAUGGUCGUCCGGUUCGUGGACGGGGACAGCAGGGAUAAGAUAACUCUGGAGUUCAGCUUCAAGCAGUCAGCUGGCUGGUGGACUGCAGUGGGAGUGGAGGUCAAAUUUGGCUUAGAGACGACGGGGAUCAGUUUGAAGGCACCAGCUCCACCUGACGCGCCGUCUGCUGUACUGGGUCGCUCCUACCACUGCUCGCUGCCCCUCGUCUACUCGUCUGAAGAAGCCACGUUGACGCUGCCUGACGUACAGAUGCAGAUGUUCAUGGACAGCACUGAGAAGUUUGCUGAUGCCUUCGACUGCAUCGGUUUCACCACUGUACCGAUCUGGUCUGGUAUAAUGGUCUCCUUCAUCAUGCUGAUCGGACUGGGCAUCUCCAUCUCUAUGAUCCUGGACAUCAAGACGAUGGAUCGCUUCGAGAACAACCGCAGCAAGCAGCUCACCAUCACCGUCAGCGAAUAAAUCAAUACUCUGUGCAACAUUUUGUCUAUAACCACACCUACAUACAUUUACUUAGAGUUACAUAUCUUAGUCGUUAAUCCCAUUCUUGUUACAUUCCAUAGCGCGUGGGCCAUUUCUAUUGUAAGAUUAACAGUCUGUGAUCCGACGCACACGCUAUAGAAGUUUGUUUUACUUAGAUAUAUUUAUAAAACAUCCAUAAAUCGCGGUAGCAGGUAUACCAUACGCGUGGCCGCGAUUUAUAAGCGCUGUCGUACGAUGGAUGCGGCGGUGUCUUUGACUUUACAAACAACAUAAUCACUCUUUGAAGAGCUUCCUUAGGGUCAAUAUGGUCCAUCACUAAUUGGCCCGUCCCCACUGUCACGUGGAGCGAGGCGCGCGACUUGCACGGGCCUUGCUCCACGUGAUGCUUUUCUCUUUCCAUGCUGGUCUGGGAAGGAAAGAAAAACAUAGAAGGGCCAGCUGCUUCUCUUCCCGCGCAAGUCGUAAGAGGCGACUGAGGGAAACAUGGUGAAGCGGCGCACGGCGCGGGGCGUAGCAACCCUCGCGCAUAGAGCGCUGCCUCCUCCUCAGCCAGUUUUGCUAGCAACGCUCCAGAAGAUGCCUUCUGGAGCGUUGCUCAUAUAGUAUUUUUGUACAAAAGUAAUGUUAACGUUGCAUCAUAAAGCCGGGAAAUCGCUUAGCAAAUAUUAUUUAUAAAUCUGUCUCUGUUCCUGUCCUCUUGUCUUUCCUUAGAUUAAGUGUUACGUUAGUCGUAG